CGUUGCGGGGAGCUGUAAACAAGGUGUGCAGGCAUCUGAAGAGCCGUCAGGAUGCACCAGAGUGGAGCGGCUGGCGGCCGUGGCUGCUCUCUCUUUCCUCUGCUAGGCGUCCUGUUUUUCCAGGGUGUUCAUAUCGUCAUUUCCUUGGAGAUUAACGCAGAUGCUCAUGUCCGAGGUUAUGUUGGAGAAAAGAUCAAGUUGAGAUGCACCUUCAAGUCAACUUCUGACGUCACUGACAAACUGACCAUUGAUUGGACAUACCGCCCUCCCAGCAGCAGUCGCACAGAAUCUAUUUUUCAUUAUCAGUCUUUCCAGUACCCAACCACAGCAGGCACAUUUCGGGAUCGGAUUUCUUGGGCUGGAAAUGUGUACAAAGGGGAUGCGUCCAUAAGCAUAAGCAACCCAACUCUCAAGGACAAUGGGACAUUCAGCUGUGCCGUGAAGAACCCCCCAGAUGUGCACCAUAAUAUUCCCCUGACAGAGCUGACAGUCACAGAAAGAGGUUUCGGCACCAUGCUGUCCUCCGUGGGCCUGCUUUCUGUCCUCGUCUUCAUCCCCUCUGCAGUGGUGGUGGCUCUGCUGCUGCUGAGAAUGGGGCGGAAGGCUGCAGGGCUGAAGAAGAGGAGCAAGUCUGGCUAUAAGAAGUCGUCUAUCGAAGUUUCGGAUGACACUGACCAGGAGGAGAAAGGCGAGUGCAUGGCAGGGUUCUGCGUCCGCUGUGCCGAGUGUCUGGAUUCAGAUUAUGAAGAGACAUACUGAUGGAAGUCUGGAUGGUUUGAGAAGAGCUGCCUAAUGACAGAAAGUGUCACCUUCCACUGGCAGCUAAAGCCUCUUGGAGGAUGGAGCUGGCUUGGCAACGGGGAUGGCAGAUUCUGGAUGUCCUCUGGGAAGACUUAGGAGCCAUUUAUUUAUUGAAGAACUAUUCUUUUUAUAUUUAUAAACUGUUUAGAAACUCUCCAAAGAGAGCCAUGACUCUCCCUUUUAAUAAGUUAUGCUCUACUUGAGUGAAGACAUUCUUCUCCUGAACAGAACACUGCUUUGGUUAACCUUCACUUUUGAACAUAUUAUGUGUUUUCAUCCAGUUAUUUGAAGGAGAAUCCUAAAUGUUUGCCAUGCUGCUGGUGCCAAAGUCGUAUUUGGAAGGAAGUGCAGGCUGACACCUCUUGGUGAUGUGCUACCAGACAAGUGCUUGCUUGGGACUGAGGUCCUUUGCUUUUUGCUCCAUGCAGUUUUAGCUGUGAGUUAGUCUACAGUCAACAUAAAUACUUGGCUUAAUGAUCUCAUCACUAGUUGUAUUUGGGUGACUUGGAGGUGACAACCCUAAUUUCCUUAGAGUUGAUAAGAUCAGGCUUUGUUGCUUUGCUUUGAUUGGUACUUAUUUUUGUUUAUGAAUUAGGACCUUACUAUAUAGCCUCAGCUGACCUUGAACUCAGCAAUCCUCUUGCUGCAGCCUCCUGAUUACUGGGGUUACAGGUUUGCAUCACUA